GCGCCUGUGCGGUGUCCUGGAGGGUUCCGCCGUUCCCCAAGAGGCUGCGGUUGCUACGGUGACCGACUGCGCUAUCUGCGUGUGGGACUCUUUCCGCUGUGAGCCCCGCCCAGACCCCGUCCCCGACGCCCUGGAUUCGUCAGAAGCCGGCGGGUCUCGGGUGGUGCUCGUUGCCAUGGUGAUCGCUGCCCGGGGCCCAGCCUGACCAGGUCACCAAGCUUCUGGAGCCUUCGCAACCUCCGUGGGACAUUCUGGAAGGAUGAGGUCCUCCCUGACGCCUUUGGGGCCACCUGUGAGCCGGGACCGCAUCAUCACCAGCUUCCCUAAGUGGUACACCCCUGACGCCUGCCUGCAGCUCAAGGAGCACUUUCACGGGCAGGUCAGCAGCACCUGCCAGAGCAGGAACACGGGGACUGUCGGGCUCAGACUCUCCAAGGUGGUUGUCGUUGGCGAUCUCUACGUGGGCAAGACCAGCCUCAUCCACAGGUUUUGCAAGAAUGUUUUUGACCGUGACUACAAGGCCACCAUCGGGGUAGACUUUGAAAUCGAGCGCUUUGAGAUUGCUGGGAUUCCCUAUAGCCUCCAAAUCUGGGACACAGCAGGGCAGGAGAAGUUCAAGUGCAUUGCAUCUGCCUACUACCGGGGUGCCCAGGUGAUCAUCACAGCCUUUGACCUCACUGAUGUGCAGACUCUGGAGCACACCAGGCAGUGGCUGGAGGAUGCGCUAAGGGAGAACGAGCCGGGCUCCUGCUUCGUGUUCCUCGUGGGAACCAAGAAGGACCUUCUGUCAGGGGCUGCAUGUGAGCAGGCAGAAGUGGAGGCUGUGCGCCUGGCCAGCGAGAUGCGGGCGGAGUACUGGUCGGUGUCAGCUAAGACAGGGGAGAACGUGAAGGCGUUCUUCAGCCGCGUAGCUGCCCUGGCAUUCGAGCAGUCGGUUCUGCAGGACUUGGAGAGGAGGAGCAGUGCCCAGCUCCAGGUCGGCGACGGAGACCUCAUCCGAAUGGAGGGGAGUCUACCCGAGACCCAGGAGAGCAAGACAUCCUCCAGCCUGGGUUGCUGUUAGCUGGGGCCUGCAUCCGAAGCCUCUACUCCCUGCACAUGCAUGGACAGUGCCUUCCAUGACCGUGGAGGGGUGAUAGGAAGCCAUCCGUGUCUGCCCACGCACCAUGCUGAGCCCCAGAGCUCAGCCACUUGUCGUUAGCAGGUCAGGAGCCAGGAAAGACCUGCUCUGGCUGCCCAGGAGCCUCUCACUGCCCAGCUGUGGGUAUACUGUGGUGAUCAUCUGGAAGGCCAGUCCCUCCUAUAGAUUCACCUGGCCUUGAGAGGCCUCAGAACUACAGAUAUGAGACACUUGUGCCCCACUAUCUCUUACCCUCGGCACACAUCAGCUGCCCAUGUAGGCACUCUCCCAGCUUUCCUGGGUUGGCCUCAGAAUCCUUCUCAUCUAAGUGGUCCAGGCAAGCAGGACUUGUGAAAGUCAGCAUAUGAGGGAAAAUCCACCUGUCAUCCCUGCUUGGGACUUUUCUGUUCUCAACAGGACUUGAAGUUCUGGGCCUCGGAGCCCCAGGCUUCAUCGUCCACUGUCCCUCUGCCACAGACUUAUGGGAUCCCUCAGCAGCCUUGCCCCUCUGGAGGAGGAUGGACAAGAUGGUCUCUCAGGCCCCUUUUGGCCAAGGGGUCAUCUUUGGCUCGCCUUUGAUCCCUGGGAUCCUGUCCUAUUGGUCAGUGGGUGAGAAUGUGCAGAAUAGGCUAUUCGUGCCCCUCUGGCCCACCUGGACAAUGAGUUUCCCUAGCUGUGCUAUGGGAAGAAGGCUUCCCAGCUGCCCCUGAGGUAAAUUCCUACUACAUCCAAUGUGCAUGGCACUGCCCUGCUGUUACCAGCAAUGGUCACCCAGACACUGCUGAGCUGGUGUCCACGGUUGCCCUGCCAUCCCUCUCUCCCUCCGGCCUAUACAGGAAGGGCCUGGAAAACAAGAAAAUGCUGGGUGUGUGCCUCUCAGGACCUUUGUGGUGGCAUCCACGUAUCUUUCGAGGAUAUCAGAGGCCCUCCAGAGUCUAGCAAGCUCCUCACCUACACCACCCUGUCCUGCACAUCCAGAACCAGAAGGAACAACCCAGGCACCCCUUCCCCAGCUCCUUCCCAGAGUGCCCGCUCUCUCUAUACCCUCAUCUUACUCUUCUGUGGGAGCUAUUGACUACCCCCACCCACCCCACACUCCACGGCCCUGGGUGGGUGCCUGCUCAUCCCUGCCCACCCCAUGCCACAAGCAGGUGGGCACAUCUGGGCACUUCCCACCUGCUUCUCAGGUGAGCAUUUUGCAAACAGCUGUUCUGGUCAGUGCCCCGAAUAGUACCCCAUACAGUGCCUGGCACACUGCAAGUGCCCAGUGGCGUUCAUCGGCUGAUAGCAACUGCCAAAUGCUGGUUGGGGAAGAACCUGGCAUCUUUGUUCAUUCUCCCUUCACAUUUUAGCUGUCUUUUUUUUAUAGCUAUAAAAUACUUCUUUAUAUAAAUCACACAAAGGAAUUAUGUACACACUUGUGAUAAGCCAAAACAAGACACUACAAAGCUUUGUAUAUAGACUGAAAGUCCCCCUUCUGUCCCUGGAAGUAAGCAUUGUUAAUGGCUGUGGGAAUCCUCCCAGACUAUUCCUGGGCAGCACAACCGUGGUUGUGGGCUUGUUUGUUUAACCAGAAUGAGCUUCCACCACACAUGCUGCCUGGCAGCCUGCAUUCUUGUCAACCUGCAGGAGCCCUCUCCACACACCGAACCUACUUGUUCUUUAGCAGCUGCCGUUUUCCUUCCCGUGAUGGACCAGAGUCCCAAGUGCCCUGCCCCCUGAGGGAGACAUUUGGUUUGUGUCCAUGUUUUAGCUUUUACCGAAGGUGCUUCAGUGACCAUCUUAUAGAUGUAGCUUCGCACACUCAGGAUUCCCAAAGAGGACUUGCUGGCCCUUCUGUGGCAUGGAUCCCCAGCUUGGUCCACUAGACACAAUCUUGGGGGGCAGGCAGGUCACUUUAGGACCAGGGCUGUGGCACACAACAGAAAGUGUCACGGGACGGAGGAGCCCGGUCACAGUGGGCUGGCGCUCUCCAAUGGCUCCCUCCCCUCACCCCUUCAGGCCCCAGGGUUGGGGGGGCGGCGACAAUAAUGGUGUCCUGUUGCUAGCUCCUGAGGUAGAACCAACCACAGUAUGUUGUGUGUGCCCACUCUCUGUAAGUGGCCCUUUAUUAAACUUUCCCCGUGCUGUC